UCCUGGGUGGUGAGGGCAACUGGAUGUGCAAGAACAAGGAGGAGGGCGUGUCUGAAAGCGAUUCAACCUCCUUGGGGUUAAAUCUGGUAACAUCAGGGGACUAAAGCUCUCUCUUUCAUCGUAGCUUGGCGGGUCGCCCGAAGAAUAAUAAUGGAGGUCCUCUGUUCUCUUGGGCCGUUCCGAAGAUAGCGAUCUUCGUAAUUGUUGUUGGGGAUAUCCAGGUGCUUGUGUUGAAGGAACAGGCUGUUUGGGAGUGUAUGAAGUUGCAGACUCAUGAGAGUAGACUUUUUUGGGGUACUGAAGAGGGGGCUCUGGAUCCACAACUGCCGGAUGGUUUUCUUUGCCAGCACCAGAAGUGUGUUGAGGGGUGUGGUCUGACAUGGGGUCAGCACCUCUCCCUGCAGCUGGACCAGUUGUGGAUUCAGCGGCUGUCUGCGGAACACUUGAUGGCUGGGUGUAUCUUGAACUUUGAGGCGACGUCCUUGUAGGUUCCUGCACGCCUGUAUCAGAUGGUCCAUCUGUGUCUGUCGAUGACUGAUGUGAGGCACUUGAUAUUGCCGUCACCUUUUUGCUUGAAGGAGGUUUGAGGCUGGAUACAGCGGAAACUGCAAGUUUCCUUGUGUAACUUUGUGACGGCGCAGACUCAUUGCUGAUUUUCCUGUAGAUGGUUGGUGAGGAAACAACGAUAGUUUGAGACCUCUCCUCAGCUUGAGCUUUUGUUGUUGGUGUGUUGAUGGGCUUGUCUGUGUCAUUUGCUGGUGCUCCUAUAUCUGCAGGUUUGAAUUUGCAGGUCGGUUUUGGCGGCACAAUGGGCUUUUGAGUUUUCGCUAUUGAUUUGACUUCGAUUGUUUGGGGUCUAUUGCUUUUGAUGCUGUUGGCAGUCAUUUCCUGUUUCUGGGAUUCAUUGGCCAUGGAUUUCACUUCAAUUGGUUGCUGUCGAAAUCGUCUGGGUGAUUUUGGAGGGAAACUGGAAUCUUGUUUUCUCGCUUCUUCAACAGCCUCCUGGUCCUUCUGGUUGGUUUGGCUUUCCCCUUCGGCUGCAUGCGAGGUUCCAUCUUCGUCCUUUAGCUUUGCUGCACCUGCGCUUUUGGACAUUGCUGGAGAACAAGCUGACUUCUUCUUUUGGGAUUCAUCUGAAGGCAUGCUGGGCUGAAGGGGGAUCUCCAAGCAGUUGACAUGUUUGGGUGGGAGCCCUUUAGCUCCUCCUCCGUGUGACCCAUUUCCGACCACAGCUCCAAUGUCAGCUUGGUAGCCUUUUUCCUUUAGUAACAUGGAAACUGAGUGACCACUGCCCCCUGUGGUUGGUGGUACAGGAUCUCUUGUGACUUCCUCCAGCUCUGGUGAUGCACAAACCUUUGUUCUGUUUGCACUAUCUCUUAUCAAAACUACAGCUGUGGACACCUCUCUUUCCUUACUGGGCUGCUUGGGAAUAGAUCCAAGCAAAGGAGCCUUCUUGUCUCCAUGAGUUACGUCCUUGUCGGACAGUUUAGGUGUUUGUGUUAUCGAGUUGCCACCUUUUGCACUGAGUUCCCCUGGAGACGACGUGGCAGGCGCUGGACCCACCUCUGUGAUACUGUCUUUGUUGGAUUGCUGCUGUUCUUUGGGUUCCUCCUUCAGGAGCUUCUCUGGUGUUUUCUUUUUGGUAUCUUUCCAGCAGACUGCUCGGCACUGGAUUUGCAGGUGUGACUGUGGCUUCCCUUCACGCUUUACAGUUUGAGGUGAUACAGCAGGUGUUUGAUCGACAACACUGAGUCCUUCGUUUUCAUGACUUGCUUCCAGCUCCUUCCCCUCCUUUACCUGUCUCUCCAUCUCUUCAUUUUUGGUAGGUUCCCUCCGAUCAUCGUUAAAAUAUUCACUUACUUCUGGUGGAAUUAUGGAGCUGGUUGCCUUGAAUGAAAGAUUAUAUGUAUUUUUGACAAGUCUGCGCACGUCUCUCACUUUGUGGAUGGGCACUUUUGCCUUCUUUUCUUUUUCCGAAGCAUUCAGAUCAGCAUCAGCCUCCUGAUUCUUUUCUUCCUCUAAGGACAUAUCUGGUGACACUUCCUCAAGUUUGCUUUCCAUCUCUGGCGUGAGGCAGACAUUAAGAGAGGUUUUCUUUUUUUCUGCAUUUUUCACAGUCUGUGAUUUUGACAGGCAUGGACUUUUAUUACCUUGUUUAUGGUCCUCAGUGCUUUCACAUUCUGGGUCUUCAGUUGUGAUCCUGGCUUGCAUAACGCUGUCACUGGCAGGAACAUGAGAUGAGUCAGCAUCUUCACUUUCCUUCCACAGGUCACUGUUGUUCAGUCCAUCUUCUGAUGUUUUGGGUGGGGUUUUCAGGUCGGGUUCAGUAGCUGGGUCCGAGAUGGGCUCAGAGCUCUUGGACUGUGAUAAAGUUAGGCUUCUGUUGCUGCUGCAAGAACUCGGUCUGUCGCUGGAAAUUCCUCCCAAGAUUUUUGAUGGUUGGACAUCUGUUCCAACGUGUCCUUUGCUUCCAGCAGCAUCUUCACAUGGGUGAUGAUGCUCAGCCUCGGAUGUUGAAGCAUCCUUAAAUGAUGAUCCUGCACUCUCUUCUGAUGGGUUUUCGAUGUUGGGGCUGGAUUCAUCAUCCACCUGUUCAUCGGGUUGUUGAUCAAAACCUUGCAUCUUCUUCGACAAAACAUUUUUGAUCACGCUGGUGGCCAUCUUUGACUUUGGAGUUUCAUCCAGCGAUGUAGACUUUUUGAGUUUGCUGUGUCUGUUACUUUGGUGUUCGGUAUUGUGCGCUGAAAGGAAACAGUCCUGCCUCCCCAUGGACGUGCUGUGCUGCCUCGUCGACAUGUCCCUCGAGCUGACGGCGACACCUGACGUACUACUUUCACUGCUUGCAUCCUGCCUCUCCUCCACACUCUCCUUUCUCUUCAGUUGAAUCUGUCUCUUUGGCACUCCUCUUCUUAUCUUUCGGGAGUCCUCUCGUUCCAUCGCCACAUCUAUGCACUCAAAGCUCCCCAUCUCAUAACGCCUCGAUGAUUCCAGCCCAUCAUGACAAUGCAGAAGCUGCUGCUGAAAAGAAAAGUCAUCAUGGUCCAGGUUUGAAGCAGAGCCGCUAAAGUCAGCAUAGGCCAAGCUGGCAGCAUUUACCCCGGCAAGGCUCUCUUGAGUGGACGGUUGUGAGAUGUUCGUCGAGGAGCGGUGGCUGGAAUUGUACAUGUCAAGGUAAUCAACCUCAGGGCUUGAGAGGCUACUGAAAGCCACGUCUGUAAACCACUUCACCUCACUAUCAGCUUCAUCAAAUUCACUUCCCAUGCUGGAGCUGGAACUCUGAGAGGGUCUACUUGUGACUUCUGGAGCGCUGUUCUUGCCGAGCAAUGCGGGAGGAUUGAGUCGCCUGCUCGGACCACCAACCUUGAUAUCUUGCUGGGAAGCAGAUCGGUGCUGGAUCUGUUGUUGCUGGAGCUGUCUGGUGGCAAGCAAACUCUCUGAGUAGGAAUGCGCCGUUGGCAGCCUCUGACGAGUCUCUCUGCUUGUGGGGGCUGUCUUGCUGCUUGCAGACCCUUUUCUAUUCCUGGCAUUGAAUGACAGGUCAACCUGUUCCUCUCUGUAACCCAUGUUUCCCUGCCACUCCUCCCCCUUUUUCAGUGCCUUCCCCUCCCUCUUUGUUUCUCUUUUCAUCUCCCUUUGCUGAUCUAUAACUGUCCCUUCUGCGCCCCCUAGUUGCAGCUUCCUCUCCCUUUCAAAUUGCCUUUCAAGCCUGGCCCAGUGUGGCUGGCCACGAUUGUCAACACUGGGAUUUUCUCCAUGGGACGCUGUUGUUUUUAGACGACCCCUCUGUGAGGAUGCCUCAGCACCACUGCAGCUUCGGUCCUGCCAUUGUCUGUAUGGUUUUUCAGGCGCUAUGAUGUGUACCGGCGUAAAUCGGGUGAUAGGGGGAGAGGGUGUUCUUCUUCUGUUCACAUGGUGGGCCAUGUCCUCAGGAGAACUUGAUAUUUCACAUGGAAAUUUAGGGGAGGUUUUUCUGACAGAAUUCUUGACGGAACAGUUUGUGGGCAGAUUGCUGGCAGGUUUUAGUGGGUAACUUAUGAAAGGAGGCAGUUGAUUCUCUAAUAUCUGCACAGUUCUGUCUGAUUUAGCUUUAUGAACAGGGGGAAUUUCUAUGUCACAGAGUUGAAGGUCAGGAGAGGUGCACCAAUUAUGAAUUGGAGGAUUGGUGCACAGGGGGAAAAUAUUGAUUCCAAUUCCAGCUGAUGUCGUCAAAACAGAUUUUUCAUCAGCAUUUGUUUGUGUUACCUGCACCUCAGUGUUCAGAGGUCUCCUUGACUCCUCCUUCACUAAAGAUGGCUGAGACAACUGUAUGACCUGAACUGCAUGGAUAUCUUCUACAUCAAUAAGUGAUUGUCCUUUGUGGUCUAUUCCAUUCAAAGGUGAUACACUGCUUGUUACCAAGUUUUCAGCGGCAUGCAGUUCAGCAAUCCUGGGCGAAGAGGAAGUCUCUUGAAAUUCAGGUAUAUUUUGAGGUGAAGAAGGAUUUGAAAAGUGUAGGCUGGACUCUCUGGAGAUGGUUCUGGGCUUGUUGAUCGUGGGGGAUGAGCGAAGAGGUGAUGGCUCUCUGCUGCUGAGCUGAGCUGAAGGACUUUUUCUCUCAGGUGAAGGACUGGGAUUCCCAAGUUGUGGGGAAGGUGUGAGGUACCUGAAUAGAUGUGCGAGGGGUACUUCGGAGCAGGAGUCGUGUGGGGAAACGGCAGUCUCUGGCAAACUGUGGACACUGCUCCUGUCUAGCGACAGUGUUCCGUCAUCCAAAGACUGGCUCGCAUUAUCAAAUUCUUGGGGAGAGAAAUGAUCAAGUUCUGGAAAGGGCGGGCUGCCUCUGUCCUCUGGUUGGAUAACAGAGUAAGAAAUCCCAGUGAUAUGAGGGGAGGAAUUAAGGCUUCGCGGUCUUUGAAAUUCAAAGUGGGGGUGUACAAAAGUGAAGUCUGAGUUUGCUUCCCUGUCAGUGACUUCAGGUGAUGAAGAUGUGAUCCUAAUUUCUGGGGAUGGGGCCGGAAAAGUCUGUUCUUUGGGACCGCAGUGGCCCCUAAUGUCCGGUGAUGGAGUUAAACUAUAAUGAACCAGAGACGAGUGGGUGCUGAGGUCUGAAGAUGUUGAGAUGGGUCUUGUUUGAGAUGAGGAAUGGGGAGAGGGGAUACUCGUCCCUCUUUCCUCUGGGGAGGAAGUUCUUUCAAUCUCAAUGGAGGGAUCAAUAUCUUUUAAACCAGGAGAAGCACUGCUGUGCCCAAGAGCAGGAGAAGAGCUCAGUGAAAUCACGGGAGAAGGAGGAGUAUAUCUUGGAGCUGGUGUGGACUCAGCGCUGCCAGAGUAGAUGGGCAAAUCCAGGUUAUUUUCAGAGGAUGGUCUCGGGUGAGAAAUCAGCUCUUGACUGUCGGAAGAAUCUUCCACUUCAGGUGUGGAGCCUCUGCUGAAGAGAUCUGGAAGAGACACCCGUCCAGUGUGAUCCGGGGAGAUAGAAGACCCCUGAGGUGUGUUUAAUCCAUUUCUGGAUGAAGUGAAAGGACUUGAAAGACGCCCUUUUACUUCCUCGGCUGAUUUUAUCACGUCUGCAGCAGAUCCAACAGCAAAUGUUGCCGGAGAAUUGCUGCUUUCGUAAUUGCUUUCUGCCCCGGGUGAAACAGAGGCUCCCCUUAUCUCUUGAAAGGAUGUAUUUGCUGGGGAAGUGUUUCCAGUUCCAGACAAUGAUGAUGCCACCAGAUCAGAUGAAGGGCUUUGGUUAAACGAUUGAUUCCAAAGGUUGUUUGGUCGUCCCGCACAGGUCUCUUGUUCACUCUCUGCUUGUCCAGGAAAUGGAAGUAAUGGAGACUCCCUCGUUUCAAGUGAGGAGGAAGAUAAAGAGGAGAGGGUCCUGGCCGAGCUGGGGCAGGGUGAGCAGUUGUGUCCAGGAGAGGGUGUCCUCUCACCACGAAUAGACUCUGGGACUCCAGGCAGUGAACUGGGUGAUGGUGGCUGUUGGACUGGAGAUUUGCUAUUGGGUUGAAAAUUUUCCACACUUUCCUGGUCAACCGCCUGUUGUUCUGAGAUCAUUCCAUUGCCCUCAGUCAGUUCUGCUGGCGGAGAAAGUUGAUUCUGAAGCCCCUCAGUUGAAUCCUCAAAUCCCUCCUCUCCUUCACUCGAUCCCUGCGCAGUAUGGUAAGAGCCGGUGGAGUCGUUCAGAUCAUCCACAGGGGGUGAAACUGCGGCAUCGAUUGGAGAGGGGACAAAGGUCUCUAGAGCGGGGCUGCUUGCUAGAGAGGGUGACUCGCAAUCAUCACCGAAAAUGUCACACAGGCAGGUGGUCUCGGAGAUGGCGCUCUGUUGGUUGGAGACGUUGAUGAUAUCAAAUAUUUCAACGUGGUUCGGGGUCCCGUCUCGGUGACACAGGGAAAUGUUGCGGGGCGCACUGCGAAGAAAGGAGUAGCUAUCCCCCUGGCGAGUCCAGCUGUCCAUCACUAGCAAGUCCACAAUCUCAAGAGAAUCACCGGGGUCCGUCCAGAAUGAGCCAAAAGUCUGAUGUCAACUCCUGCCUGGAAUGGAAAAGCGACAAAGUGACUGACACCGGGCACAUUCAGCCGUCCAUGACUUCCUUCGUAAUUACUAUUGAGCUGCUAAAUAGGCAACAAAAUGAUUACUGGAAUCACCUAGUUUGUUUGAAAUAUCACUGAUGUUUCAAAGAUACCAUCCAGCAUUUGUCUUCAUUUUAAGGUAAUAUGUGGCAUGACCACGUAAAUCUGAGUGGUACUUACAGUUCAAAACCACCAAGGCUGCAGCAACUGCCGUGAAAAGAGACUUUAUUCCAGCAGUAAAAUGCGAUACAGAAUGAGUGCUACUAUACCUUAAGGCUAUGCUUUCAGUGUGGCAGUGAGGAUUGCAAAAGGUGCCACACAUCAAGUUGCCAGCUCCUUUUCAUCCAGUGUAUAGUUAGCGCCGUGAUGAGUUCCAGAACUGUUGUAAAUCCAGUUGUCACCCUGCAGCAAGCCCCACUGGUGAGGGAGCACUUGAGAAAAUCUGAAGCACUAGCUUGGUUCAAACUUGGGUGGAAAAUGCAAAAGUGGUCGUCUCAUCCAAGCACCUUUCAUCCUUUUACGAUCCCAUCGCUCAUUUUCUGCCCCUCCCUUUCUCAGAUAGCCUCUGAGAAAGUGCUUGCUGUGUCAAACCCAGGUCCUUUUUCUUCUCCCGUCAGAGACUCGGGCGGGCAUUGGCUUUCCAUUGAGAGACUGGCUGGGGUGCAGUGUGGGGUGGCUGUGGGGUUAUAGUUAGCAGCAGGUGCUGAUCCAGCCCGGACAGAAGAGUGUGCUUGGAAUCUGACACUUAUAGCCAGCUCAGUCACAGGGCACCUCUAUAUAUAGACCCCGUACUAUCAGAGGUAGAUAACACAGCGUUAGCUGUAUUAUCAUCAAACCACAUCUUAAUACAUAUGACGAUGGUACUGUGUACCUGUACUGCGUCAGGGGUUUCAUCUGUGACUCGUACACCUCACGUUCACGGAGUAAGCUUGCAUAAUGCCUUUAAAGUCACCGCCCUAUGGUGAAUAAAUAUGGUUUUUGAUAUAACUUAUUGCAUCUGUUACUAGCAUCCUGUGAGCAACAUGGAAAUUUUGUUUGAUGGAUUAAAGAUCAGAUAAACCCUCUGUCCCUAGUCUAAUACCCCAUGGGAUUACAUGCAAUACUUAGUCACUAUGUCAUUGAAAGCAUGCGCAUGGAAAAUAUGAAUACUGUCCUUGGAUAUUUUAGACAUUCACAUGGCAAAUGUUCCUAAAAAUAACCAUUCGACAUGCUCAAAACUUGAUAGGUUUUUCAACGUUCGGGUCCCUUAAAAAUCGCUUAUGCUUUUGUGCGGCACAAAUAUAACAUUAUGAAGGCGGUGAGUCGGAAAGGUGGAACAUUUGAAGGGGGCUAGUUUAUUAUUAUCAGCCAGUAAAACUUUGUUUGAAAGCACAGAAAAGCUGGAUUCUCCAUGGUGAGAGACACAAAGCAGACCAGUGGACUCAGAAGGAAAGAAUGAUGAGCAGCACCGGAAUGGUGUUGGGUGGGGGAGUCCUGCAGUCCAGACCAUUGAUGGAUGAGUCAGACCGGCCAGUCCACUCCACUGAGCCCGUAAAACAAAGACACGCGUUUCACCUGACGCCUUCCUCCUUCAAAUAUGAGGAUUUAAAAUAUCAAACUAAAAAAGUCCGUUCCUCAAAUGUAGUCUGUCUUGGUUCACGCUAUUUAGGGGCAAGUAUUUAUGACUAACAGAAAGAGUAUCAAUAUAAGAUCACAUGUCCCUCCCAGCCUUUUUUAAAUCAACCCACUUUCUCUUUAAGGGUGCGCAAGUUGCUCCUGGCAAGACUCCGUGACCGAAGAUUACACGCUGGGUUCUGACGAUAAAGAAUAGUAACAGUGGUGAAAGUGAGCGACAGAUUACCUGGAUGCUUUGUUUUAGAGACACGGGUCAUCUUGGCUGAACCCAGGUCCAGGUCCGUCUGCUCUGCAUCGGCUUUCAACCCAGUUUCAAGAGUCCACUAGUGCAUCUGCUAAAUUCACUCGCUAUGGUCGAUCUUUUUUCAACUCCCAGAUUUGGUCACUCGAACCAGAAGCCAUUCCUCUCCGUCUUUACCUGUUGUUUGCAUUGCUUCAUUUUUCUUAUGAAUUCACACUAAUAGAUUCAAACAGAAACUCGAUUUUCCACUUUUUGUAAUUCAGUGAGUCAUUGAUUAUACAAGGAGUGACAACAAAGUGAAAUGCAUCAACAAACCAAAAGUUUUACAACAACUCAGUGACUGCAAUGAUUCACUAUGGAGUAUUGGUCAAACGUCGCGGUUUAAUUAACAACUUUUUAUUUGCUGAUUUAAUUUUAAGUACAUAGUUGGUCUGAUCUGUUAAAAAUGAUUGUGACCUAGAUCUCAUCAAUUCGCAGGAAUAUUUUUUGCAUUUGAGAAUACCGACCAAUAAUGUCAAUAAACCUUUUAUUUUGAAGGGCUCGCACUGCGCAGCCGCAGUACAACUUCUCGUGGAGUGUUUAUCAGUGGCAAGUGGCUAACGCUAAUGUUUGCUAACUAAUCGUCGUAGUGCAUGUGUGCGUGAGUUUCUCAUUGGAACAAUGGAGCAGUGUGCGUGUGUGGAGCGAGAACUGGAGAAAGUGCUCCAUCGCUUUGUCAUGUACGGCCACCAGUCAGAGGAAAGGCUGGACGAGCUUCUUCGCAGCGUCUGUGAAAUUCGAGGACAGCUCGUCGCGUUUGGAGUUCAAGAUGCAGACUUGUCGGUUCUGUCUCAGACAAUGGCUCAGUGCUGCAAGAACAUAAAAGAAACGGUGCAGAUGCUCGCCUCUCGACACAAAGACAUUCACGGCAGCGUGUCCAAAGUGGGCAAAGCCAUCGAUCGGAAUUUUGACGCAGAAAUAAGUGCUGUGGUGGCAGAGACGGUGUGGGACACGCCUGAGAGACAGAAGCAUCUGAGUGAAACCAUUGUCGAGCAUCUUUACAGACAGGGCAUGCUCAGUGUGGCAGAAGAUCUGUGUCAGGAGUCGGGUGUAGUCAUCGACAUGAGUAUGAAGCAGCCUUUUCUGGAGCUCAACAGAAUCCUCGAAGCGCUGAGGAUGCAAGACCUGCGGCCAGCACUGGAGUGGGCGGUGACGAAUCGUCAGCGACUUUUGGACCUCAACAGCACGUUAGAGUUCAAACUGCACCGCUUGUACUUCAUCAGUCUCCUCAGCGGCGGCAUCGGGAACCAAAUGCAGGCCUUGCAGUACGCCAGACACUUCCAGCCCUUCGCCUCGCAGCAUCAGAGAGAUAUUCAGAUCCUGAUGGGGAGUCUGGUCUACCUGCGCCACGGUAUUGAGAACUCACCCUAUCGCAGUCUGCUGGAGACCAAUCAGUGGGCGGAGAUUUGCAACAUCUUCACCAGAGAUGCCUGUGCACUGCUGGGCCUCUCGGUAGAGUCUCCACUCAGUGUUAGUUUUGCGUCGGGUUGCAUGGCCUUGCCUGUGCUGAUGAACAUCAAGCAGGUGAUCGAACAGAGACAGUGCAGCGGCGUCUGGACGCACAAGGACGAGCUGCCGAUUGAGAUCGACCUGGGAAAGAAGUGCUGGUACCACUCGGUGUUUGCCUGCCCCAUCCUUCGACAACAGACCUCCGAGAGCAACCCUCCCAUGAAGCUCAUCUGCGGCCACGUCAUCUCCAGAGACGCGCUCAACAAACUCACCAAUGCUGGGAAGUUGAAAUGCCCGUACUGCCCAAUGGAACAGAACCCCUCACACGCCAAGCAGAUCUACUUUUGAUGCCGCGUGGCUUCUUCUUCAGUAAGGGUGAAGUCCUCUGACCCUUUGCGCUGGCCUUUCCCCCCGGUCCCCAGCCCACGGCGCGUUAUUGUACUCACUCAGUGACUGGCCAUGUUCACCUCCACCUCCAAGUUCCCUGAAUCCAGAGACAGUCCCACACUAAAGUGCUAAGGUGGUAAAUGUAAGAAAAAAAACCAAGCCCACCGAGAGAAGCGCCUCUUGUGUGGGAAGGAUUGAUCCAAACUCAUUUUGCCUGCAGAGUUUUUUUUGGCUUCUUUUAAACCAUGUGACUAUUUAUAGUGUUUUGUUUCUCUGCUUUACAAGGUCAGAACAACUUUGUUUUGGUGAAGCCGUUGAGUGAAUGUUGAAGAAUGACUGCGGAUAAUUACACACUAGUCAGAGGGUUUGUUCCGUCGGACGGAGCUUUUAUUAUUUGGCGGUGCGGGGAGCUUUGCAGAUCUAUCUGAACAUGUGACUUUAAGCUCUAAAGUGAUCGAAUGUUGGCUGCAGUAGUUGAGGACUUUUCAUUUUGACAGAGUGCACCAGCAAGCUUUUCCUUGUCUUGUGUGAAACUGACGUUCUCCUCAGAAUAGAAGCCAUCCUGUCUGUCUAUACAUGUACUAACAGAACCAAGGUUUUUUUGGUUGUCAGACAGCCUCAUGUAUUAUAACCUGUCACCGUUACAUAGUUAACAGGCUCUGCUGCACAACAUUGAAGACUGGAAGGAACCACUAACACCACCUCCACACAUGCACACGCACACUUGCUGAAGACUCAUGGUCAGGUGACUGCAGGAGCUGUCUGAUCAUUGGGACUGUUGUGUAAUAUACUUUAUAUGGAGUCGUGAUAGAGACCUUUAAAUCCAUACGCAUCUCCUCAGGGCCCGUCACAGCACCAUAGCCACGCAAUAGCAGUUAUCUAUUCAAAUCCAAAUAUUCCGCAGCAGAGAUUGCAUCUAUUUUGGAGCCGGUGGUUGUGUAUCAAUAGUUGUACAUAUGGUCAGCUGGUGGCGAUCAGCCGUGACACAAUUCCGAUCCAGUUUGUGUAGAUACUUCCUGCUGUUUGUGGAACUUUCUCGUGUUCUCCUCAGUGAUGUCAGCUCCCGUGGGCGGGGCUCAUCUGUUCAAGCACUGCACCAGCACAGCUUGGAGCGACAAUGCAACACAGUACUCAUUUUCGAGGUCAUGUUUUCGACAUUUCAGUUCUAUUACAGAGGGGUUGCACAAUUCCUUUCUUAUGUUGACAAUCAUUCAUCGCUUCUGUUUAACUGUUACUUUCAGAGAUAGACUGCAAGGGCGUUUUUUUUUUUUUUUUCUUUUAAUGUUCUGACAUUUGUGUGUGAUGCAACUUUAAACUGUAAAUAUUUAUCCUCUAACAUGUUUCAUAUACUUGCAUCUGGAGUUAAAAUAAAAAUUUAUACUCGGUCUGCUGUUGAAUGAUAUCCCAGUGAAUAAAGAGACGGACUGCUUGGACUGAAGGCAGUUUUACUUAUGUAUAAAACUAGUGCUUUUGCUGUCACCAUUGCCGUCAGUGACAAACCGUUCUGCUCUGUUACGCAGUCACUUCUUGAUCCGUUUCUUUUUUAUUAAUUCAUGCAUGUCAGUGACUU